CGCUCGCGCCUCGACUCUGAACAUCUCAACAUCUUUUGCAAACUCGUACACACAUACACACACAGCACAGCAUAACAUACACUCGGGUCGGAUUUAAUUCCCCCCCAAAACAGUCAUCUGCAUGCUCGGGAGAGAUCAAACCGCGCAGUAUGGUCCGGGAAACCAGACACUUAUGGGUGGGCAAUUUACCUGAAAAUGUGCGCGAGGAGAAAAUUAUCGAGCACUUCAAACGAUAUGGACGAGUGGAGAGCGUUAAGGUCCUUCCAAAGCGUGGAUCUGAGGGUGGAGUGGCUGCCUUUGUGGACUUUGUGGACAUUAAAAGUGCACAGAAGGCUCACAAUACUAUCAACAAGAUGGGCGACAGAGACCUGCGGACUGAUUACAAUGAGCCGGGGACUAUCCCAAGCGCCGCACGAGGACUGGACGAUAGCCUGUCUAUAGCAACGCGCGGGCGCGAUGUUUCGGGGUUCACAAGGGGGACAGGGGCCACAGUUUAUGGGCCUCCUGCAUCACUCCACAGCAGAGAGGGAAGAUAUGAACGCAGACUAGACGGGGCUUCGGAAAGCCGGGACCGCACUUAUGAUCACAGUGCCUAUGGACACCAUGAGCGUGGCAGUAGCAGCAGUAGUUUUGAUCGCCAACGUCACUACGAUGCAGAGUAUUAUCGGGACCCACGGGACCGAAAUCUUAGUGGAGUUGUUAGCGGGAAUGCUAGUUCCUCUAGUGCAAGCACCGGAGGAGCCCCUUUAGUGAUCACCGGAGCGGCUGGCGCAACAGGUUCAAGCAGCAGUGCUGCUGGGGGAAGCAGUGCUAACACUGCUGGAACAGGAAGUGGGGGAUCCACAGCUGGUGGCGUUAGCUUUUAUGGAUCUCGAUGUCGGAGUCCUGGUCACUUUGAGACUACAGAAACACGCUACGAGGCCCGUGGGCGUGAAUCAUAUACACUGGCGAGCGUGGUUCAUAGGGAUCUGUAUCGGGAGGAGAGAGGCAGGCGAGGAGAUAGGACUUACUGCCACAGCCGAAGCCGGUCUCCACAUACUUCACAAUCACACAAUGUUUCACCACAGAGGUUGACCAGCCCAGUUGCAAGACCCCCUCAUUCCCCAAGUGGCUCCGGCUCCCGUAGCCGCUCUUCUAGCUCGGACUCGGCCAGCAGCACCAGCAGCAGUGGCAGUGGCAGUGAAUCCAGUAGCAGCUCCAGUGACGAGUCUCCAGCUCGAUCUGUUCAGUCAGCUGCUGUACCAGCUCCUUCUUCUCAACCUCUGCCUCCACUGGAUAAAGAUGAGCCGCGCAAGAGUUUUGGUAUCAAAGUGCAGAACCUUCCUGUGCGUUCAACAGAUACAAGUCUGAAGGAUGGUCUUUUCCAUGAAUUUAAAAAGCAUGGAAAAGUGACAUCAGUUCAGAUUCAUGGUGCCUCAGAAGAAAGAUAUGGACUUGUCUUUUUUCGUCAGCAAGAGGACCAGGAAAAAGCUCUAAGUGCAUCAAAGGGAAAGCUCUUUUUUGGGAUGCAAAUAGAUGUUACUGCUUGGACUGGCCCCGAGACCGAAAGUGAAAAUGAGUUCCGGCCACUUGAUGAACGGAUAGAUGAAUUUCAUCCGAAAGCUACACGAACACUGUUCAUUGGAAACUUAGAAAAGACCACAAGCUACCAUGACCUGCUCAACAUUUUUCAGCGCUUUGGGGACAUUGUCGAUAUUGAUAUAAAGAAGGUAAAUGGUGCCCCUCAGUAUGCCUUUCUGCAAUACUGUGACAUCGCUAGUGUCUGCAAAGCAAUAAAGAAAAUGGAUGGAGAGUACCUUGGGAGUAAUAGGCUAAAGUUAGGAUUUGGGAAAAGUAUGCCUACUACAUGUGUUUGGUUAGAUGGCCUGGCUUCCAACAUUACAGAACAGUAUCUUACAAGACAUUUUUGCCGUUACGGACAUGUUGUUAAGGUUGUAUUUGACAGACUGAAGGGAAUGGCUCUAGUGCUUUAUAAUAAUAUUGAAUGUGCACAGGCUGCAGUAAAGGAAACCAAGGGUUGGAAGAUUGGUGGUAACAAAAUUAAGGUUGACUUUGCCAACCAUGAGAGUCAGAUGGCUUUUUACCGUUCAAUGCAGGCUUCUGGCCAGGACAUCAGAGAUUUUUACGAUAUCCUUUCUGACCGUCGAGAUGAACGGAGGCCAAUCUAUCAUGAAUUCUCCACUGAACGAACAUGCUACGAAAAUGUAAGAACAACGGGAACAUACGCAGAAGAGCUGCGUCGCAAAUAUUCUGCCAGAAGUCGAGAAUUUUAUACUGAAUGGGAUCCCUACACGGCAGACUACUAUGACCCAAGAUAUUAUGAUGAGCCUUGUGAAUUCAGGGAUUACCGAGACGCUUAUGAGCAAGACAUAAGAAAAUAUAGCUACAUGCAGCGAGAACGCAAUAGAGACAGAGAACGCUUCGAAACAGACAGGGAACGUGAUCAUAGUCGACGGACAGCUGAACACAACCAAAGUCCAUCUCUUCCACGUCGUCCUUCUAGCCCGACCGCUUCCCCUGUUCUAUCAGAACGCCUAGUCAGUGAUUCUGAACAUCUUAUUUAUAGUCGUUCAUCUGAGAGAAGUGGUAGUUGCAGCUCAAUAUCUCCACCACGCUUUGAAAAGCCAGACAGAAUUUGUUUGGACCGUUACAGUAAAACUGACAAGCUUGAGAAGGAAAGGGCACUCUUUGAAGCAGAUCGUGGAAAUGGGGGAGAAAAGGAAAGGCGGGCCGGUCGUAAGGAAAAAGGAGAAAAGGACAGAACUGAGAAGCACAAAUUAAGAAAGUUAAAACUUUCAUCUCCUAGUAUUCCAUCAUCUGAGACAGACCCUGAACCUGACAGAGAGACUAGCCCUGAUACAGCUCAGCAUAACUGUAGCAAAACUCUGGCCAAAGAAAAAGAAUCUGGAAAAGGAAGACUAGAUCUUCCACCUUGUGUUGUUCAUUUGACACGUGUCAAGGAAAAGGAAGGAAAGUUUAUUGACCAUGCUAUUAUUGAGAAACAAAGAAUAAAGGCUACCAGUGAUCAUAUCAGUUCUCCGACGCCACCAUCUUUAGCUGAUCACAAGUCUAUGUUGCAUCGUGUAGAAAUGCAAAGUAGAGAGGUCCUUAAACAUGGAAAAUCUCCAAAAGAUAAAUGUUUGGCUAGCCAAGUAGAGAUUAUAGACAAAGAAGGCAAAAUCAAGGGCAGAAAAUACCUUAAAGCUGAGCCUGUAUUUGAAAAAAACAAUUCUGAUGCUGAUCGCUUGGCUGCUCGAAAGAGACGCUUUGAGGAAGAAACAACAAGAGCUAAACGUCUGAGAAGAGUUACCCAGGAUGAAGAUGAAGGGCGAUUAGGACUGAAGUGGCUGGGCAAUCAUCAUUUCUCCAAGGGGCUAGAGGAGGACAAAAAACUUGCUCAACAUGAGCCGUCCACGCGAGAGAGUAGAAUUGAUAGGAAAGAGUGUCUGGUUACUUUAAGUACCACAAGCGAAGACCCAGAACCAGAAAUGAGCAAAAAACUUGGUCACAAUGUUGAUCUGCAACUUAAAGAACAUUCAGAGGAUGAAACAGCUCCUAUAAAUGAUCUUGAUCAGAAGAUGCCAGGGGUUGGAGGAAAGAACCAGCAGUGCCUCAGUCCUAAGGUGUCCGAAGACAGAGACUUAGAAAUUGAACAGCACUUAAUUAACCUUAAAGGCCACUCUGCAAUAGAACAAAUAGAUGCAGUGAAUAGUGAAGAAAGGUUACUCUUCGACCUAGACCACUCACAAAGCUGUAGGAAACAAAUGGAGCAAAGCCGACGUCUCCAGCAGCAGCUAAAAGACUCAAACACAGAUGAUCAAAAUAUUGUGGGAGGUAAAACCUUGCUGGAUGUUACUGAUGUUUCACCUCCUCUCAAACCAAAGGGGUCCGAAGAAUUUUAUUAUCAUUUUAUCACUAAUAAAGAGUGUAGUUAUCAAGAUUCUGGUCAACUAAGUGAUGAUUCUGAAAGGAAUGUUACCUCUAGCUUAGUUGAUCAGGAUUUGCCUGCUGACUCAUUACAUGUGAAUGCCAACAAAGCAAAAAACAAACUCAAGCCAGAAAACAACUCACACUGGGAUGGAUUUAAAUGCAAUAAUCACAACAGUGUUACAGACUUCGAGUUAUUCAAGGCUAAGAAAUCACAGAUUUAUAAUGAAGGUCUGGGUUGGGAAAGUAAAACGAAAGAAAUGAGUUUUCCCAGCACCAUUGUGAAGCGUGAGAGCAUUAGAAAGCGCCUUGUACCUGAACUGGAGCCUGGAGAGGUUCGAUCAGACUCGGACGAUGAUUAUGAUGAUGGUGACUACGCACAUAUGUCACCAAAGAUGGACACUUCCCUUAAAAGAGAAUGCGAAGGGAAAAUUUUGGACCUCAAGCUCUCGGGUUCCUUAGAAAAAAACAAGUUUUAUGAAUUUGCACUGGAUAAGACAAUAACCCCAGAUACAAAGGCCUUGCUAGAGCGGGCGAAAUCGCUUUCAUCAUCAAGGGAGGAUAAUUGGUCUUUCCUUCGCUAUGAUUCACGGUUCACAAGUUUUCGAAAUUGCACGGACAAAGUGAAAGUUGAGCCGACACCUAGACCUAUUCCAUCUUGGUAUAUGAAAAAGAAGAAAAUACGGUCCGACUCUGAAGAAAAGCUUGAUGACAAAAAACAAGACCCGAAGCGAGAUGAACAAGAUAGUGGAGAACUAUUUGCCUCUCGUUUUCUGCACAGCUCUAUUUUUGAGCAGGACUCAAGGCGUCUUCGGCAUCUCGAACAAGACAAUGAUCCUGAGAUUGGAAUCGAUAAAGAGAAGGCUACGAUCACUGUAGAAACAGUUGAGCCUCUGGGAGCAGACCUUGUGCAGGAGCCUAUUGUGCUCUUCCAUAACCGAUUUUUAGAGCUACAGCAAAAACAAGAAAAAGACCAUGAGUCCCACUUUUCUGAAAAAAACAGUGAGCCUGAGACAGUUGAGAAAAAUGCUCCACUAGAUCAAGAAAAAAAUCAGUCCCCCAAAGAACCUGAUGCUGGGACUGGAUUUAACUCAGGAAGUCCUUCGUUAUCGGAAUGUCUACUCAACCCCACAGAAACGCAUGUGCGCCAGAAUAAGCCAGCCUCUCCCAUUACAGAGUCAUCAGUUAUAGAUGAGAAAAUUGAAGAUAUUCAAAUAGUCUCCAAUCAACUGCCCCAGGCAGUUAAUGACAUUAAAACAGCUCUUGCCGAAAACACACCGCCUUUGACCAAGAUGGACCAUACUGAAGGGGAAAAUUGUGAACGAACAGAAAAUGCAGUGAACACUUUGGCUGUGGAGCAGAAUGUUGAUCUAAAACCUACCUGCUUAAUUAAUUUGGAUACGGAGUCUGAUCCUGCUAAGUGUUUUUCUCCUAUUCCAUCUGAAAUGAAAGAUGCACAAUUGCCUCUUAAAGUAGAGCUGUCUGAAGAGAAAAUAGAAUAUCUUGAUUGUAAUUCUGAGCAGAAUGUGGAGUCAUCUCUGGAGAUGCAGUUAGUAGUCUCUGAACCUGAGGUUGAACCAACACAACCAGCACGAAAACAAACUAAGAAUAAAAAAGCUAAAGCAAACUCCUCAGCAUUAUCAACUAUGCUGCCAUCUCAACCAGCCAGCAUUGAGAAACCAGCAAUACGGAAGAGUGAACGGAUUGACCGAGAAAAGCUGAAAAGGUCAUCAUCUCCAAGAGGAGAGGCAACAAAAACUAUAUCUGACUCUAAAACUACUUCCAAGUCUCCUGUUUAUGCAACAGAUAUGGAGCAGGUCACCGAUCCAAGUGUGUCCCAUGGUAGAACACGACAGCGUCGGAAUGUUCGUUCCGUCUAUGCCACACCACAUGAGGAUGAAGCACAUCAACAACAAGGCAAAGAUUUUGCAGAAUCUUCACGUUCCAUGCGCAAGCGUGUUGAUAAAGAAUCCGUACAGCAGGAUGUAUUGACUCCACCAGCCAACACAAGGAGAGGCCGUCCACCAAAAAUACGUAAAAGGAUGGAUGAUGUUACUUCUAUGAAGGGGGAGCAGAAAACAUCUGAAGACGAUGACAGUCAUGUCAAAGAGGCUGGAAGAAGUGGUGAAAUUACUAAAGUUACAGAGGGGUGGCGUUCACCUCGGUCUCAAAAGGUUCCGGCAAUAGUUAAAGCUGGACAGAGCAGAAAACCAGCAAAAACAGACAAACCAUUAGAAGAUGAUGGUUCUGAAAUCUUAAAGUCUCAAGAUAACGUAAAAGAUGAGUCUUCCUUACUGGAAAAAGUGACAAAAAAGUUAGAAAUGGAUCCAGUGGACAAACUACAGUUGUCUGAGAAAAAUGUGAAGGUCAAGGUACCAAGAUUGACACGUAAUACUAAAACGGUUCAUUCAGUUAAUCUUAAAAAUCUUGUCAUUGAUCUUAGUGGUGAUGCAGUUAAUGAUGCACUGUAUUCUGGAGAUGAGAAUAGUCAGCACUGUCAAGAUCCUUCAAAGAAAGCCAAAGCAGAAUUAUCUGAGAAGGAAGAGUCUAGAUCUAAGUCUAAAAAUGUAGAUGAUCUCAGCCCAGAUAAAAGGGCAGAAGUUCUUUUAGAUGGGGAACCUACUGCUGAACCAGAGGCAGUGUUCCUUGCCCAGCAGAUGGAAUUAGAGAGAGCAGUGGAAAAAAUUUCUAAUCUAGCAGUUGAACAACCAGCACCAUACAAGGAACCUUCUUCUCAACCUCCUGUUGUAUUGACACCUGUUGUAGCAGAGUCGGAUCAAACUGAGGUAGAAAAGCCGGCCAAUCCUUCAAGUGAAACUGAGCUUGCUGCUGCAAUUGAUUCGAUUACUGCUGAGAAUAUUUCUGCUGAUGGAGAUGGAUUUCACACUCCUCCUACAUACACAUCACUCCUUCCAACAUCAGAGUCACUUAUCUUGCCUGCUUCGAAUGAGGUCAUAGAACCAGAGACAAACUUGGUAAUAAAGAACAUAAGGGAUUUUGGGCCAAGUAGUAAUUUGGCUUCACAUUUAAAGUCGUCUCAACCAACAGAUGUUACUGAAAGUCCACCAUCUGAGAUACCCAAGAAGGGAGGAAGACCUAGACUUAAAACACCAAAGAAAUCCAAAGCUCGAAAAGUUUCUGCCAACAAAAAAUCAGAUGUAAUAUCACAUACAGUAUUGGAAGCAGUUAAACUACCAGAGUCAAUUCCUGAAGACAUGCAAACUACCAAUCCAAAAACAGCCACUUCCGCUGCAGCAGCUACUGUAGUCACUGUGGCUGCUGCAUGUAAACAUGACGUUGCAUCCGUUGUGACAUUAAACACUCCAAAGGAGGCAGAACAACCUGCUAUAGACCAGCCUGAACCUCAAGAAUCAGCCUUCCAUUCUGCAAGUAAUAGUCCUUCAUAUUUAAGGUCAUCAGAUGCAUCAUCAGAACGAAUAGCACCAGUUCUUACAUCACCUUCAACUUGCCUAAAUGUGACACCAUCUCAUGUAGCUAAGGUGCCUCAUACAUCCCCAGACUGGGUAACCAGGACAGAAGAGAAGGUUUUACCACUUAUGCACAAAGUUGCUGUAGUUGCAUCAGCACCAACUGUGGUAGUAGGGGGUCACUCUGCAAACACUGCAAUUCCCCCUGACACAAAAGCCUCUGAUGUUGAUCCCAGCUCUAGCACCUUAAGGAAGAUUUUAAUGGAGCCAAAAUAUGUGUCUGCUUUAAACAGCAGUUCAGUGCCAAGCACACUGCUUACAACAUCAUUAACAGACCCCAGAAUGUCCCAGAAUGAAAGUCUCCCUGUUAUAAAAUCCUCAGUACUUGUAGAUAGACCCAAUCCUGUAACCCCAGUAACACCUCAAACAGUGCCUCCACAACAACCCCCUCCACAACCCAGUGAAACCUUGAAUAUCUUUAAGGAAAAAAUGGGCAAUACAGUUAUCUCAUCUUCUGCUACCUCUGUCAUUAGUCGAAUUCCAAUGCCCUUUGAUUUUGACAAUACCCCUCAUAUAUCUUUGAGCAACCGCAGCUCUGCAUUGUCACAGCCCAAGCACAAGUAUCGCUUUGGCGUGAAUGAUACCAAUACAAAUAGAUACCAUGGGCUUUCAAAUUCUGAUAUGGGACGACCUUCUGAUAAUACACUUAGUAACACAGGAUCAGGUCCUGGUUUGAGGGUAAACACCUCAGAAGGCGUGAUGGUACUGAGUUAUUCAGGGCAAAAGACAGAGGGUCCCCAGCGUAUUGUUGCUAAAAUUAGCCAAAUCCCACCUGCUAGUGCAGUUGAUAUUGAAUUUCAACAGUCUGUUUCAAAAUCCCAUGUUAAACAAGAGCAAAUUCAACCCCAGCCAUCUACUCCUAAAGCAUCCCAGACCACCACAGCUCCAGGACACACAGGUGCUAUAUUAAGCAACCAGAGGUUCAAUGCCCAGCCUGUCAUUUCCUCCAUUAAAAAGGAAAGCCCUGUUUUUGACAAAUCUGAAUUAUCUUCUCAUGUUGGUUCAGCCGGUGCUCCUUUUCAACACUUAAGUCCCAGUCAUCAGGUCUUGAGGUACAAUCAGUCUAUGCUGCAGCAACAUCAUAUUAAAAAAGCACCUGUGGUAGAAUCUAUUUCAGUGAAAGCUGAUGGUAAACAACUACAAUCCUUUAGUCACAGCCCAGUUUUAAGUCCACACCCCUCCCCUUUGCCAGGAAAUCAUAUUUCAAGUCCAGCCGCUCCUAAUGAUAGAUUGGUCUGUCACCAAAAACAUGAGUUACAUAGUCCAAGGACAUUGGCCUCUCCAUUUUCUAAAGUUUGCCCACCUAGUACCUCAGUUGAUUUGGGGGCAAACGGGCCUAACUAUGUGAUAAACGUACAUCAUCCUGAGCAGUCUGUCAUCAUGCACCCUCAUAGUGCCACACAAUCAGUCACAGUUGGUCAACUGUCACAAGGAAAUGUCAGAAUGAAUACUCCUCCUCUAUCUGGAAUUAACUAUGGAGUACGUACAGAUUCUCUCUCCUCCCCAACCUCUGGUCCUCCACAACGCUCCACUACACCCCAGCCAGUAAUAAUGAGAGAUAGAUUAUUGAAGCAACAUGCGAGUGCUGGCCAGGUCAAUGCAGCAAAUGAAAAUGAUGCGCGACACUUCCAUCAAGGGACAUGUAGGACAUCUGUGUCCCAGUUACACUCAGAUGUCGUGGUAAUGCAGCCUGAGUACAAAGGGAUACAUCAUGGGGGGUUGCAUCUGGAUCAUUACAACAGAGACUUGCGUGUACUUAUGCCCCAACAGCUAACAGAGCACCCACGUGUUUCUGAAGCUCACAAGGCUCAAACACCAGAGCCUCCUUCACUGUCAUCACCCUCACAUACAACUUCGACGUCUUCAAAAUUGCCCUCUGUUAAGAAUCCACCACUGACUCUGAGAGACUCGCCAAAGGCAUUAGACGUAAAAACUCAUUCUCCUCAUUCAGAGAAUAGAGUAAUUGGGCAUACUCCUGGUUCAGUCAUUUCUGCUCAAGGGACACAGCGGAUUCACUCUGGAAGUCCUAGCUCCAUGCCUGAGUUUUAUAGAGAAAUGCAUGGCUUCCAUUCCAAAUUAACAAGCUCCUCGGUAAUUGGGAUUAACAUGGCUAAUUAUGGCAUUGCAUCAUCUCAGAGUUCUCAGGAAGGUGAACAUCGACCUAAAGCUGCACAUAUCCCAUCUAUCGGUCCACUUAGGGAAACAUCACUUUCCAUGCCGCAUGUUCGGCAUCCAGGCUCUGUGGAUAUGUCUCAUGUACACCGGGUGCAGAGCGAGAACACCUCUCCUGCAUACACCUCUCCAACUCGCAUUACACCCAAAUCGGAACUCCCUCACUCUCUACAGAAGGGACCGCAAAGUCUUACCUCGGGGCUGAUUUCAUUACUUCCUUCUAAACCAUCUAGUAUAAUACUCAACAGAAAACCUGACAAUGCUGGACCCCCAUUGGUUGACAUGGUUCAACUGUUAAAGAAGUAUCCUAUUGUUUGGCAAGGUCACUUGGCACUCAAGAAUGAUAGUGCUGCAGUCCAGUUACACUUUGUUUCUGGUAAUAAUCUCCUGGCUCACCGCUCACUGCCUCCUUCAGAAGGAGGUCCCCCUCUUCGUAUCGCCCAGAGAAUGCGUUUGGAAGCUUCCCAACUUGAAGGAGUUGCAAGGAGGAUGACACUUGAGGAUGAUUACUGCCUCCUGUUGGCGCUACCUUGUGGUUUGGACCAAGACGACGUUCUCAUUCAGACUCAUGCUCUUAAAACCUGCUUUAUCACAUACCUGCAGGCAAAACAAGCUGCUGGGAUCAUCAAUGUUCCUAACCCAGGCUCCAAUCAGCCAGCCUAUGUUGUCCAAAUCUUUCCUCCUUGUGAAUUUUCUGAGAGCCACUUGUCUCACCUUGCUCCAGACCUUCUCAAGAGCAUUUUCAACAUCUCACCGCAUCUCAUGAUUGUUAUUGCAUCUGUGUAGGACUUUUCAGAAAGAACACGUUUACUCAAGUAAGGAUUAUUCCAACACCAGCUGAACAGCAUUCUGAAAAGCCUCAAUGGAUUUAGUCCUCUAAUUUACUCAUGCACUCAUUCCUCUUGGUUCUGUCAUCAAAUCUCUUAUGUGCUUUCACAAUCUAUUUAACUCAAGGUCAAGCGUGCACAGUAGAAAAUGGAGUUUUGUAAUGAUCAAUUUUCUGAUCAUUUAAUUUUCAUUGCUUUUUUUUUUUUUUUUUUAAAGUUAAUCUAUGAUUUUUUUUUACCACCUAUAUAAACUCUUUUAAACACAUCGGACUGAGAAACAAAUUAAUUUUUAUUUCAUUGAAAUAAGGAUUGUGAUUUAUUAUUUUUAAAAACUUCUUAUGAAGAUGGAACAGAUCAAUCAUUGCACUAUAUUAAGGAAUUUUAACAAAAAUUGAAAACAAAUAUGAAAGACUUUGUACAGAUUUGAAUAUUAAUGUGGUGCAAAUUAGAUGCUCUUUCACCAGCCAUGUGUGUUUGAAAAUAGGGGAAAAAAAGCUGGAAAGAGAAAGUUCUUUUUUUUAAUUGUUAGAAAAUAUUGUAUAAUAAAUAUGUUGGAUGUAUUGCAUCUACUGUCCGGUCUCCAGUCAGAAAUUUCAUGGCAUUAAAAAAAAAAAGAAAAAAAAGAAAAGAAACAGCUCUAAAUGUAUACUCAUAUUUCCCAAAGGGAGAGAGUAAUUGUGAGUUGUAGAGUUUACACCUAAUGCCUCAAUAGGGGAUUGAAUGUACAUAAUUCUCUUUUUGCUCAAAACAUGAGGUAAUUUGGGUUUUGUGGGACUGUGUAUAUAUUAUAAAUAUUUAAAUACUUUUAGAGCAGGCCCUAUAAGUCUAUAAAAAAAGUUGCCCUUGACUAUAAAACUAAAUUUCAUCAGUAUCAUUCAAAUUGUAUUGUUUUUUAAAUCAGUUCAGUGCCAAAUUUUUUAAAGGGAAAAAAUGUACCAAAUUUUAUUUUUAAUACUUUGUACUUGUCACUGGAUCUUUUGAAGUUCUUCUUUCACUAUUACUCAUUUUAUAUAUUUGUGGUGUCUUAUCUUUGUUGUUAUGUUGUGUUAUAUAUAUUUUCACUGUUAAAAUUUUGUCAAAUAUGUGACUCCUUAACGUAUAUUAAUUUUUUUAUGAAUUUGCAUCCUGUUCGACCUAUUAUUAGAUAAACCUCUGAAUGUUAACCGGAGUCAUUGAGGUGGUCAGAAUUUUUUUGUAAAAAAAAAAAAGAAAUCUGUUUUUAAAAAAAAAAAGCUGUACAAAUACGUUCUCACACGCCAUUUCUUCUGCUGCCUGUCUCCCUGAGCCAAGAUGUAAAUACUCAUUUAUUCUGUGUAUGUUGUAAUUUUAUUUUAACCUUAUUUUAUUUUCACCUUUUUCAGGGUUAUGUUGUUUUGUAGAACAAAACAGUCUGAAGAAACAGAACUACGAGUAAAGCGAUGCAUAAAUUAAACCAUGUGUCUCAACACUGCAGUUUCAUUAUAACUGCAAAUUGAUGGCUCAUAAAAAAAAAAUGAAGGCACUUAAACUUUUUUCUAAGCAAAUUUAAAAAAAGAAAUCUAAAUACCAAAAUGAGAAAGAAAUAGCUCUUAAAAGUUUUGUCUGUGAUUUUUUUUUUUUCUUCAUUGUUUAUGAGUGUAUGUUUCUGUUCCUCUGUGAGGACUUAAAAAAACAUUGUUUGGAAACACUUCUACAGAUCAUUAAAUGGUCAUUCAUUA